GAAUUGAAGGAUGCACAUAAACAGGAAGCACAUUUUCUUGUCUUCAAAAUAGUUGAAUCAUGAUGAACAAAGCCAAAACGAUACGCGCUACUGUUUUACACCUCGCUUAUUAACCAAACCGCACAGCGACAUUUUCAACAACAUUGACAUGGUACCCACAGAUUUUCAAACAUUGGUCCAUCGAUUUUAUGCCGUUCAAGCUGAAAGGGUUGAAGCAUACAGGCUUUUUGACGAAGGCCAUGAAGCAUACUUGAGGACAGGGCCCCACUAUGACUUUGACCACUACAGGCAGCUGGUACAUGAGAUAACGCAGGCUUUCUGUGGCCUCUCAAAGGAGGUGCUAGAGAUAAAGGAGCGGCUGCACCAAGACUUUGACCGUCCAGAUCUCUCCGAACACAUUGACAAGCUGCAGAAAAAAGAAAAGCAGAAGCUUGAACUGGCCAUGAUUAGCAGAAUCCGGUGUGUUACUGAAGAGCUGGAACAAAUACCUGCACGCCCAGUAGCUCUCUAGGACCUGUUUUGAGGUUUCUGCAAUACUGCAUCACCUCCAAGGUUCAUCAUCAGACUUCCAUCAAUCAGCCACAAGGGGUCAGAUUUCUCCUCUGAGAAUGUAUCCCAUCCUGUAUUUCCUGCUUCAUCAGUGUUCAUUGUUCAGCAAUUGAAUAUAACAAUAAUGAAUUUACCUCGUCAUCAAUAGAGAAGCAAUUGUGCAACAAUUGACACAUAGUAGACAUCUUUUAAUGAUCAUGCUUUGUAAUGCACAAUUGUAAUGUGACGCUCAAUCUGUCAGUAAAAAUGGGAAUUUAACAAGAUUUAAAUAGGAAUUUAACGAGAUUUAAAUAAUGUCUUACAUUUUCCAUACUAUCAAUUUUCAUAACGUCAGAAGUCUGGCAUUGACUUUCCUUCUUCUGGAUCUAGGCUAAUGGAAAGGCCCCCACAUUUUUGUGAUAGCCCUACCCCACAUCCCAAAUGUCUCCCAUUUCAUUAAAUGGAUUGUUAUAUUUUA